AUGUACGCUGGCCGCCGACGGAGAAAGCCCGUGCCCAGGACGGCCAAGUUGCCUCCUGAAGGUGUCAAGGCAAACCCCUCCAAGCGGCACCGGGAGAGGCUGAACUCUGAGCUGGAGUGCCUGGCCAGCCUGCUGCCCUUUCCCAAUGAGGUCAUCUCCAGUUUGGACAAACUGUCCAUCCUCCGGCUUACUGUCAGCUACCUGCGUACUCAAAGCUUCUUCCAAGUCACCCGGAAGAGCCACUGUGCCAAGGAGUCGUCUGCAAGCCACAGCCAGGAUGGGGACACAAGCUGGAAAUGCACAGGCACAAUUGUGCCCGAGGGCAAACUUCUCCUCCAGGCCCUGAAUGGUUUUGUGCUGGUGGUUACCUCUGACGGGUUAAUUUUUUACUCCUCUCAUACUAUUCAGGACUACCUGGGAUUCCAUCAGACAGAUGUUUUACAUCAAAGUGUCUUUGAGUUGAUCCACACAGAAGACCAACCAGAAUUCAGGCGCAAUCUUCACUGGAGGCUACCAUCAACUCCCCAACCUGGAAGUGAUCAGGCAUGCUCUGGAGAAACACUGUCCAGCCCUGGUAGCAGCGACAAGCCAGAGGAGCUUCCCCCAGAGAACUCAGCCCUCCUAGAACGGAGUUUUGUCUGCAGGUUCCGAUGCCUCCUCGAUAAUUCAUCGGGGUUCCGGGCUUUAAGCCUUCAAGGCAGGUUGAAACCACUGCACGGGCAGAAUCAUAGAACAGAGGAUGGUUCUCCAGAGCCCCCUCAGCUGGCGCUCUUUGCCAUCUCUACUCCUCUGCAGCCUCCAUCCAUUCUGGAGAUCAGAACAAAAACACUCACCUUCCGGACCAAGCACAAGCUGGAUUUUACGCCUGUUGCCUGUGAUGCCAAAGGGAAGCUUGUGCUCGGAUACACAGAGGCGGAACUGCGCAUGCGUGGGACCGGCUAUCAGUUUAUCCAUGCUGCCGAUAUGCUCUACUGUGCUGAGAACCACAUUCGGAUGAUGAGAACUGGGGAAAGCGGCCUGACGGUAUUUCGUCUUCUGACCAAAGAAAAUCGUUGGCGAUGGGUCCAGUCUAAUGCCAGGCUCAUCUACAGAAAUGGCAAACCCGAUUACAUCAUUGCCACUCAGAGACCUCUUGUGGAUGAAGAAGGAGGGGAGCACCUUCAGAAAAGACCCCUACACCAUCCUUUCACCUUUGCUACAGGGGAAGCACUUCUAUACCAAGCCAUUCACCCAGAUCCUGGUUUUCCUGCCCCUUUCUCAACUCAAGGAAAAAUGCCCAAAUUCAAAAAGCCUCCCAAAGGAGAAAGGAGCCAGCUCAAUCUCCCAGCUCCUAAUUCACUUCUUGGUGCCAUGAUGCAGCAGGAUGUGACCACCUAUGUGUCCCAUGCAGCAGUGACUCCACAACUGGGCUGCAGCAGUGACAUCUUCAACCAGAUUGAAGACCCCUUUGCGGCUUGGGUAGCAGGAGACAUCCUGACUGGAUCUUCAAAGAUGAUUUCCUCUGAGGAUGAGCCUGAGAAAUUGGCUGAUUUGAAUCAAGGAACUACCCUUCUAACCACUCUGGAUUCCCUCUCUCUGGACUAUGAUGAGAAUUGCUCCAAUAAUGAGCUCUUGAGUGCUCUGGAAAACUUGGGGCUUAAUGCUGAGGAGCUGGAGCUCCUGCUGCUAGAUGAGUGGAAGGUGAAGGAAGGGGAAAAUCCAGGCUCUAGUCCGUCUCUUAAUGAUAUGUUAACAAACAGGGAGAUUGUAUCCCAUGUUCAUGAUUCCCUCAUGAAUAAAAAUCAGGAUGAGCAAGUUGGGGAUCACCAGGCUUCCUUGAAAAUUCACUCAUUGUUGAGCACAAGCCAAGAACCUGAAGUCAACAGUUCUCAUGUGGCACAUCAGUACCCACUUCCUUUAUCACAGGAACCACAACCCAAUCAGCUAGCCCAAAUAGUGUGCCUACCAAAUACAAUGCAACAUUGUGCUGUAAGCCAGAAGCAGCCAAGUCACCUUCCUUGGGAGCCUGGUCCACCCCCACCCGUGACAAAGGAGAGGCAUAACCACUACAGCUGUGAGCCAUGGAGGCAGCUGGCAGUAACAUCUCAGGAUCUGUCUACUCAUUUCACACAAUUGCCUGCAGAGGUCCAGCAACAGUGGCCACCAUCCAACAGUUCAGGCCUUCUGAGCCCAUCCUUCCCCCAUCUAUCCUUAGAAAAUCCUUGCCGACCCAAACAAAGUCAGCAGCAGCUGGAGAAUCAUUUGAGAUCACAGCAUGAAGGUCUCCAACCCCUAUUUCAACAUCAGCUUCUAAACCAGCUUCAUGUUCAACCACAGCAGCUCUGUGGCCAUGGACCCUCAGAAUCAGGGACCCUCCUACAACCUAACACUGACCAGGACUUACUUGUGAACACAAUCCACAGCUGUGAUUCAGCUGGUCAACAAAUUCUAGGUGGCAACUUAUGGCCAGACCAUGCAUCUGGGAUUCAGCAACCAACUCAAAGAAAACUUCUGAACCAGGCAAGGAACAGUUCGGGACCACAGCUCUACUCAAGAAAUGCUCAACAAGAUUCCAGCAAGUCCCAGGCCCAGGUCAAACAGGAUACAUUAGACAGUAUGGAGACUGGCAAAAGUCACGGGACUGGAGCUGAGAUGGUGCCUGUGCAAAGAUUCCUGCCCCCUUGCACUUGUCAACCCAUCCCCUUAAAACCUUCUGCAUCCAUUUCUUCUGAGACCAUGUUUCCAUUUCAGAAUUUUACUUCUGACCAUUUUAUUAAUGGAGAUGGGUGCCAGGAGACAUCGGCAGGAGAUAUAUGUGGAUUGACUGACAGACCCGUGGAAUCCUGGGGAGACUUCCUCCUGCCCAGUGGACAGCCCACUGCCCUCACAGAGAGACAUUCCUGCCCCAAAGUGUUUCCUAAGCCAUCACCGUCCUCCAGUGGUAGCUUUUAUUUUUGAGUCAAAGAUUCAAAUUGACAAAACAUGAGCAGUCCAAAGCCACAUGGUGGAAUAGGCCAAUAUUUAAAUUAAGGAAAAACCAGAGGCAAUGAAACGCGGAUAUCAAAUUUCAUUAAGCACACACCUGUAAAAAGGAAAAAACGAAAUCAAGUGGGAUUGGCCAAGUGGACUUUGCCAGCUCCCAGGGGUUGUGAGGAAGAGGAAAACAAAGGAAUGGAACUGGACAGAGCAUCUUUCCAUGAUGGGUCCCAUUUGGAAGGCAGGUCAGUGCUACGGUGCAAGUACCAGAUGGAAACUUAGUUCAGAAUAAAGACCUUUCCUAUAUCCUCAUGUUGCAUGGACCUUAUUGUAGCCUUGAAAAUGAUGUAGCCCACUUUUUCAUUCCUAUCGAACUUGAUCCCUUUCACUGGUUCCAAAGUUGGAGUUUUAUGGCAGUGAACGCUACUGCUGGUGAUGUGACUGUGUGAUCCACGUUGGACUCCUACUGGCUGGCUCCCACUUCUAGUGCUCACCAAACAAUUUCUCCAAAUAAAAGUGGGGGAUAAGGAGAAGGAUGUGAAGGGUCAGCCCUUUCUGUCUGGUGUUCUAAUUGUGAGACCUGAAAAGAGAAUAAAUGAGUGAUUGAGUGAGUGAAUGAAUGAAUGAGUGAAUGAUCUAUAGUAUGUCUACAUCUAUGCCCAGACAAACCUUAAAGGAAAUAUACACUGACAGGAUCAAGGUAAAGGCCAAAUUGCUGUAAGCCUUUUCUUUGAAAGAUUUUGCAGUUAAGAAGAGAGUGCUUCAUUUAAAUCUGGAAAUGCUGAUUUAUCUCAAGGCACCACAUGUAAGGAAAAACAUUGAUAAGUAGAAGAAAGUCCAGAAAGGGGUAACUAGAGUGUGAAGGGCCUCAAGCUUCUGCUUUAUGAGGAAUAGUUGAAGGACCUAGAACUAUUUAACGUGGAGAAGAAAAAAACUCAAAGGUGGGAAUGAUGGCUGACUUGAACUAUCUGAAGGUCUGCCUUAGAAAAGAAGUAUUAGACUUUUCUACUUGGAUCCAGAAGGCAAAAGUAGGAGAGGUGGAGACAAAAGGAAACAAAUUUAGGCGCAACACACAGAAAUACUUUCUAAACAGUUCCUAGCACCUAGAACUUUCACAAAGCCUACUGGACUGCCUCAAGGGUCAGUGAGUUUUACAUUAUAGAAAGUCUUCAAAAAAAGCUUGGAUGACUAGGUAGCUUAAGUAUGUUAUCUAUGAGAUUCUUGUCCAAGAAUAAAUGGAGCUACUUGGCCUCUGA